AUGACCUCCAAGCUCAUGGGCAAGCUCAGGGAGACUCUGGGCAACAACAACCGGCCGGCGAUCCCGCUCGCCCACCCCGAGGCCGCGUCCGGCUCCGCGCCCCGCGAGAUCCAGUCCUCGCCGCGAGUCCAAACCAAGGGCUCGGCAUCGUCUCCCCCCAGCUCGACGAGCGCCAGCCCCCCGGCCAAGCCCGACGUGCUCGAUGCCGCGCACUCGCCGCCGUCGGUGCUGAGCCAGUAUCUUGGCCCGCCGACCAUUGAGCACAAGUAUCCCCAGGACAGCAAGUGGCGGAGGCAUUCUAUCAGUGCCCAGGAGCAGCACUAUUUGCGAUAA